AUGGCGGAGGGAGGAGAUGACGGCCAUGGCGAAGGACGGAGAAUGGCGGAGGGACGCGACGGCACGACGAGGCGAUAUUGCGGCCAUGACGAGGUAAUGGAAGAAAAUAAUGUUGUUGAUGAGUUAGGUAGUUGUGGUUGGAAGCUGAAAUUGGGCAUGCCAUUGAACUCUGAACAAUCUGCGUAUGACUUUUACAAUAACUAUGGCGGAAAGGUGGGCUUUAGUAUUAGGAAGUCGUAUGCACACAAGAACAAACAACCUAAGGAAAUAACUUUACGGACUUUUGUAUGUUAUAAAGAGGGAAGUCGGGGUAUUGACAAGCAAGAUCCACUAGUAAAAUUUUCGAGCCAAGAGGUGAGAUGUGGUUGUGGUGCCCAAAUGAGUAUCAAGUUAGAUAGAAAUUUAGGAAAAUAUGUUACAAUUGAUUUUGUUGAACAUCAUAAUCAUGACCUUGUGCAUCAAGAGUGCAUUCAUAUGUUGUCAUCCCAAAGAAAAAUAUCUACCACCCAAGCAAUUGAAGUAGAAUUGCCUUUAGAAUCUAGAAUUCCUCUUAGGUCUGCUUAUGAGCUAUUGGGUAGGGAAUCUAGUGGAAGAGCAUCACUUGGCUUCACCAAAUUGGACCAAAAAAAUUAUUUGAGAUCGAAGAGACAAAAAGAUUUGGAAUAUGGAGAAACGGGUAGUGUGUUACAAUACUUUCGUAAGAAAACCGUGGAAAAUCCAUCCUUUUAUUAUGCAGUCCAAUUAGAUUGUAAAGAACAGAUAACUAAUAUAUUUUGGACCGAUGCUCAAAUGAUAAUGGACUAUGCUCAAUUUGGUGAUAUAGUGACCUUUGACACUACUUACAAAUUAAAUAACGAGCAUAGACCUUUUGGGAUCUUUGUUGGAUUUAAUCAUCAUCGAGAAACAGUUAUAUUCGGUGCAACAUUGAUGUAUGAUAAAACUGCCGAAUCAUUCACAUGGUUGUUUUAG